AUGAUGGCAGCGUUGGAUGCUGGCCAUCGAGUUAUCGGCAUCGAAGGUGGCGUGGCUCCUGUCGAAGCAUUUUUCAGUGAAAAUAAGAUUGCUUAUGAAAUCGAGAAUGAUGCAAGCAAUCAAUGUGAAAUCUAUAAAGGUGUCGAUCGUCCUGUUACGAUUUAUCGCGCGGAUUUUUUCGCGUUUAACAAGGAUUUACCGCCGGUCGAUUAUAUUUGGGAUCGCGGUGGAUUAGUCGCAGUUACGCCAACCACUCGGGAACAAUAUCGUGAUUGUCUUUGUCGCAUGAUGACACCAGGCCGAACUGAACUUUUCCUUGUUGCGAUCGUUUACGAAGAUCCUACAUUCAGUGGUCCACCGCAUGUUCUGAAUAAUGAUCAUGUCAAUGAAUUAUUUGGAUCUAACUCUUCUAUUGAACUUGUUAGUAAACGAGAUGAAACGAAAGAAUUCAAUACUCGCUUCAUAAAUCGCAGCAUCCAACACAUUGAAGAACAUCUUUAUUCUAUUAUAAGAAAACAAAACUGA